GGGUCACAGCACAUGGGUAGCAUCACCCCUGGGUGACCAGCAUCACCCCUGGGUGACCCUGGUGCCCAGACGGCCUGUUCAGGGCAUCUCCGUCCCUGCUGCCUUCCUGCAGCCUCGCUUUCUGUCUGGGCUUUCUGGAGGCUUCUCUGAGGCCCACCCAGUUCCUGUGCUGGCCUCCGUUCUUGUCCCGGAAAGGACCCUGGCCCUCUGGGCGGGAAGUGUCAGGGCCCUCUGCGCUGUAGAGGCUGUGCUGCUUGCCUGCCCACACGCCCACGUCACUAAAACCUGGACUGAGUGCUGGCAGGUGGCGCCUGUCAGAGUUGCUCCUUUGAUGCGGUCCUCAGAGGCGAUGGCUAUUCCAUGGGCGAAUCUCAGGGGAACAGAGGAUCUAGUUAAGACCCAGCAUGAGCGACGUCCCCUGCAAGAAGCGCGAGGACUACCUGGAAUGGCCCGAGUACUUCAUGGCCGUGGCCUUCCUGUCGGCCCAGAGGAGCAAAGACCCCAACUCCCAGGUGGGCGCCUGCAUCGUCAAUGCGGAGAACAAGAUCGUGGGCAUCGGCUACAACGGGAUGCCCAACGGCUGCAGCGACGACCUGCUGCCAUGGCGGCGGACGGCCGAGCGGAAGCUGGACACCAAGUACCCGUACGUGUGCCACGCCGAGCUGAACGCCAUCAUGAACAAGAACUCCGCCGACGUGAAGGGCUGCACCAUCUACGUGGCCCUGUUCCCGUGCAAUGAGUGCGCCAAGCUCAUCAUCCAGGUAUCAGAGAAGUCAUCUUCAUGUCGGACAAGUACCACGACAGCGAGGAGACCACUGCCGCCAGGCUCAUGUUCGACAUGGCCGGGGUCGCCUUCCGGAAAUUCACACCCAAGCGCAGCAAGAUCGUCAUUGACUUUGAUUCCAUCAACGGCAGGCCCAGCCAGAAGCUCCCGUGAGUCCCAUCCCACGGAGCCGCCCGGAGAUGGGGACCCCCUCGGGGACCCGGAGCGCCCUCACCUGGCGUUGCCCGCAGUCUCCGGGCCGGGGCCUGGGAGCCGCACAUCUGGAGCUCACAGAGCCUCCUCUCCCGACUCUCCUCGCAGGAACCUGCGCCUGGUGAAGCCGCUGGUUUAGGGUUAAAUAACGGGGCCUGCGCCCGCCCGUCUCGAGGGGCUGGCGCGGGGGCUGCCCCUGUGGGUGCUGUUUGCUGGGUGCUGUCACCCACCGCACGUCGCAGCGCGCCCGCGGGCCUGUGGGAGGAGCCGCACGCGGGAGGAGCGCACAGGGAGCAGGACGCGGAGUGCCCGUGGGGACACGGGGCCCGCGUGGCAGCGGCACUGAGCUGAGUGCUGGGGAGUCCGGGGUCCCCCACCCCAGGCCCCCGGAGAGGCGGCGCUGUCCUGUGGUGGCGGCGGAGCUGCGUUCCGGAACCUUCCUCCGCUCGGCUGUCUGUCCUGCUCCCCCGGGGAGUGGCCUCCUGUCCCUCCGCGGGUGGGGACUCCGGUGUUUUGGUGGUUUUCUCUGACUCCUGUGUGUCUGUGUCUCCUUUUUGGUUUGUUGGUCACACAUCACAUCGUCGUUCCCCAGCAGACAGCUCAUCUUGUCGCCCCGGAGACCACAUCCUGCUGCGGGGCGGGGGCUGUGGAUGGGCGGCCGUCACGGGUCAUUCCCAAGGCCAUUCCCAAGGCCAUUCCCAAGGCCACUCCCAGGGGCAUUCCCAAAGGCAUCCCCAGGGUCAUUCCCAAGGUCACUUCCAAGGCCCCUCCACAGCCUGUAAGUGAGAUGUGCGGAGAUCCAGGGGCCUCCGGGCGGUCUUCCCCAGAUCUGGUGCCCCCCUGGCUCAGGCCCUCCUCCUCGGACACUAAUUGCACCCCCCUGUCGCUGGGGGGGCGGGGGGUGUGUGUCUGGACACCUGUCUCUAAUCCCACUCCAUUCUCAUCGAACGUGUUCCGUCGGCCCCUUUGCGGAGAACGCGGUUUCCUUCUCCUGAAGCUGGUGACUGGUGUUAGAGGGCUCUUACGUUUCUGCGAGUUUUUAUUUUGUCUCUGAGGUUUUGUACCCCGUAUUCGGGAGCGUUUUUGUAAUUUGGCUCCUUACCAACAUUAUUAAAAUCUUACUAAAGCCCACCCCGGCGAA